GUUUUCGAUUUCCGUGUCUAUCAAGCCAUCCAUCCAUCCAUCCAUUGAUCAGAGGUUUCUUAACUCACGGGCAAUUCAUAUCCCCCCAACUUAUUUACUUCAUCUACAAUCCAAUCCAUGGCUCUUUUUUUAUUAUUAAUUUUAUAUAUUUAUAUAUAUCCACUUUUUGUAAUAACACCCACAACUGCAACUUCUAUUAUAUAGAUCGGGAAAAAUCAAAUAUGGGUCAUGAAAUUAUUGGUGUAGCUUCGCCGGCACCAGCUGCGGUGACCCCUCAGCCGCCGCCACCACCGCCGCCGCCGACGUCACUUGCACCUGGCUUCCGGUUUCAUCCGACAGAUGAGGAACUUGUGAUGUAUUAUCUCCGGCGAAAGGCAUGUGGGAAAUCUUUCCGGUUUCAAGCUGUGACUGAAAUUGAUGUUUAUAAAUCUGAGCCAUGGGAACUUGCCGACUUUUCAUCUUUGAAGACAAGAGAUCAAGAAUGGUACUUUUUUAGCCCUGUAGAUAGGAAGUAUGGAAAUGGUUCACGGUUGAAUCGUGCCACCGGAAAGGGGUAUUGGAAGGCAACUGGAAAGGAUCGAUCAGUACGCCAUAAAUCAGAGACCAUAGGGAUGAAGAAAACACUUGUGUUCCAUAGUGGUCGAGCCCCUGAUGGAAAACGGACGAAUUGGGUCAUGCAUGAGUAUCGGCUUUUGGAUCAUGAAUUGCUACGUGUUGGAGUAACACAGGAUUCAUUUGUGUUAUGCAGGAUUUUCCAAAAGAGUGGGUUAGGGCCACCAAAUGGGGACCGUUAUGCACCAUUUCUUGAGGAAGAAUGGACCGAUGAUACAGCCCUCAUGAUUCCUGGUGGUGAAGCCGAUGAUGAUAUGACCAAUGGUGAUGAGACUCGUGCCGAAGGAAAUGACAUUGUGCAGGAAACGUCUGCCAAGAAGAUCCUUGACCAAACCGAGGAUCCACAAACCAUUCCGUUUGUUUGCAAGAGGGAAAGAUCGGAAGACCGUGUUUUAAAUGGUGAACCCGAGCUCGAAACAUUCUCUUUGUUCCAUAACAAAAGAUCAAAGGUUAGUGAUCCGAACUGUAGCAAUGCAAAUGGUUCAGAAGAUUCUACUACUACUAGUCAAGAUCCAAGAAGGGAACUCUUGGAGUUCCCUCUACUCGAGUCAAUCGAAGCCAAAGAAUGUCACCCGCCAACCGUCUUGCCAUCUUUUGAUGCUGCAACACUCGAGAAAUCCGUUCCACCAGGUUAUUUGAAAUUCAUAAGUAACUUGGAGAAUGAGAUUCUUAAUGUUUCAAUGGAGAAAGAGACCUUAAAGAUUGAGGUGAUGCGGGCCCAAGCCAUGAUCGACAUUCUUCAGUCACGGGUCGAGGCUUCGAGCAAAGAGAAUGGUGGGUUCAGAACCAGCGGCUAGGUAGAGGUGUGUGUUUUUCUGAAACGUGUAGCAUGUAUCGUAAGAAACUUUUGGCCUGGCUUUGAUAAUGGCUUGUCUUUGAGUCUAGUUAAAUAAAGUUGUCAGACUACUUGUAUUGUAUCCGGCUUUUGAUCUUUUAAUGUUUAGGACCUGAAGUUGGUUUCGCGUAGCAAAUGUUUAUGCCGGAACUCUGUACUAUUUAGUGCGUUUCUUGAUGCGUGUAACAUGUUUCUUUGCAAUAAUUUAGCUGGACACUAUGAAGGCUUAGUUGGA